AUGGCUACUACCACUAAGAGGAAGAAAAAUGAUGGUGCUUUAUCAUCGCUUGCUCCUCGCCAAAUCAGCGUCGAGAAAUUCACCGAAGCUCGAGCAUCCGAGCUCGAAUCUCUUCACUCGGUUAUCUCCAAUCGGUUAAACAAGGACUUUCGGUCAAAGAGGAACAAGAGGAGACGGACCAACGCUUUCACUAACCAACCUGGAAAGAGACGUAACGCAAAGAGGCAAAGAUCAGAGUCAUUGAUUGCUCAAUCAUCAGGUGGAGGAGACCAUGAAACGAAGAUCCCAAGAAGAGUUAAGAGGAGAAUGGAACUUAAAGGGAACCCAGAAUCAGGGUUUUACACCUCUGGGGAUGGAACGAAGAGGCUGAGAACACAUGUCUGGCAUGCUAAACGAUUCUCUAUGACUAAGCUUUGGGGGUUUCACAUUCCUCUUGGUUUACAUGGAAGAGGAAAGGGAUCUAGAGAUGUCUUGAAGAAGUCUAGGCAAGGUGUUCUUGUGCAUGAUGCAAGCUAUCACAUUGCUGUGCAAUUAGAAGGUCCAGAGGGCUCGCUCUUGUCGGUGUUAAACAAGCUGCUGGAGCCUUCUCCGUCGUCUCAUUCCAAGGAAGCUUUAGACUCUAUUCUCACAGGCCGUAGUUAUGGAAACGCCAUGAUUUAUCAUGUCGAGCCACCAGUUUCUCAGGUGAUUGCUCCUGUAACUUAUAUGUGGAGACCUUCUCAGUUACCUAAGAGAAGAGAUGAGGAGAAAGGUGGUGAUUGUGUAGGAAAUGAUUGUCCGGUCUCAAAUGGAGAUCAUGUAGACUUUCGAAAACUUUGGGUGUGGAUCCAUGCUUCUUCCUUCAGUGAGGGAUAUGCUUCUCUUAAACUAGCUUGUCAAAAACAGAUGAAUGAGACAGGUGUCUUAGUUGAUUGCUCUUCACUCGAGGGUCAGCUUGCAAAACUUGAGAUUUUUGGUUCAAAAGCAUCUCAUCUUCUUCAAAAGACCUUAUAUCCUGUCACAGUUAGUAGCUCAGAGGAUUCCUCUGUUUUAAGAAAGUGUUCAAUGGAAAAAGCUCAAGUUAAUAACGUUUCUGAUCCUUACAAAGAGGAGAACGUUUCAUCUUGCGCUGUUUUACCACGGUUUGUCAUGGAUCCGCGUUUAAUCCCGAAUAAUCCACUUGAUGAUAGUACAGUGUCAGUUGAAACGACUACAGCAGAGCCUACUGAGUCACUUGAACUAACAACCAACACAGAGGCUGAAAGUUUUCCUGAAAAGUGCCUGUGGGAUGCAAAUAGUGAACUGACCCCUCCAGAAGAUGAGAACAUAUUGUGUUGGGAAAAACAUCAAAGUCGUUUGGAGUCUUUUUGCAUCGAUGACCCAGAUGCUGAGGUUCCAAAGAUAUCUAGUAGGGCAAGGAGUUCGAGGUCUUGUCCUUUACUGCUUCUCAAACAUAGAAAACAUGGGAAUGCACCUACCGGAUGGUCUGUUAUACUUCCUCUUAGUUGGAUCAAAGUCUUCUGGAAUGCCUUUGUCUCGAAAGGAGCUCAGGCAAUAGGUCAGAGGGAGAAACGCUGGCUUUCUUGUGAUGCUGGUUUACCCUUUUUCCCAUCAGAUUUUCCUGAUUGCAAAGCAUAUUCAUCUUUGACAAUGAGCGAAGCUGCAGAAUUGGAGGAGAAGGCACAAAGAUGCCCUCCUGCUGUAAGACCUUUCAGAAUUCCCAUUCCACCUCCAUGGAAUAGUAUCCAUGUCACGCGUUCUGUUGGAGAGAGUUCCAAUCAAAAGCUUACCAGCGAUGGGACGACCGGAGUGGAAAUUAUCAGUGAUGGUGGUAGUCUGUUUGAUGGUAUCGUGGCAAGAACAUCAGAUUCGCUGAAUGCUUUUCUCCAAACUUAUGCAAAAGACAACUUGCUUUUAUCUCCUCACAGCAAUUCUAAACCAAACGCAAACCUCAUGAAGACGCUUCAAGAAGAUGAAACAAAAGCAAUAGCUCAGAUCCAUCAGAGCAGUGAUAAAUUGUGCCUUGUCAGAGUUCUUCUACAUGCUUUCAAGGAAGGUUCUUUUGAAGAUGGAGCGGUUGUAUGUUCACCAUCUCUCGCAGACAUAUCACUACUAAAAUCUGGCUGCAGUGAAGGAGAAAAAGGGUGUGUUACAAUUCCUCAAUCUUCUGUAAGUUCUUACUUCCAAGAGCAACCUUCUGGAACCUGGGAACUAAAUGUCCCUAAAGACACCCAAUCUCAUAGAUGGCCGAUCGGGUUUGUAACGACAGGAUUUGUCCGUGGGAGUAAAAAGCCGAUGGCAGAAGCUUUGUGUGAUGCAGUGUUGUUAGGGAGACUAAGAGAAGAGCAAUGGAGAGAAAAAGAUGUGAAACGGAGGAAGAAGGAGAUAUAUGUUUUGGUUAGAAACCUAAGAUCUUGUUCUUAUCGACUCGCACUUGCUACUAUUGUUUUGGAGCAACAAGAAGACUCUACUGGUGAUGAUGUCCACUGUCUUUAA